GUCUUUGCACCCUUAAAGGCAGCCUAUCGCGACCAGGUCGAACAACUAUAUUAAGGGGGCGUAGAUGUAGUUAGCAAGGAGCAUUUCACAUCUCUAUACAGCCCUGCAAGGGGAAGGGCAUUAACAAAGAGGAAUAUUACAGCCGGGUGGGCCGCGACUAGUUUAUUUCCGUUCAACCCAGAGAGAGUACUCAGAGAUACACCGAGGCCCCCCGCUCAACUUACCAUUCCAAAAGCUAAUUCUUGUCCGCAAGAUGAAGUACCGCAAACGCCUGUAACGCUAGUGGCAGCAGAGGGUCUUAUGCUAUUACACAAACUGAUCAAACAGGAUGCUCAUAAGCUUGAUGAGAUUAGCAAACAGCGCCUACAGAGACACGUACAGAAGCUCGCAAGUGCCGCCAGAAUCUCCUUUGCUAAAUGUGCCCUUCUUUAGGAUCAAAAUCGAUUCUUGGCUCAGAUGAACAACGAAGCCAAAGUUCGCCGAUCGACCAAGUUAUUAAUCCUAGGGAAGGCGAAGGUGAUGAGCUAUGAGGACCUUAAUGAAGCACGAGCAAAGCGUGCUGCUGCGAAAGACAAAGCUACGGCGGCACCAGCGGAAGAGAAAGCUACGGCGGGCAACGGAAAACAUGGUCGUCCGCGCAAGACUCCUGCGCUAGAGGCGACUGCGCCAGAGGCGAGUUUGCCAGAGGUGUGGAUGACCGAAGCACCAGAGAUGCGGAUGAGCGAAGUGCCAGAGACGCGUAUGACAGAGCCAUAGAGGGCCCCAGUGGCGCAAAUGAUAGAUCCACGGAGAGCGCAGAUGACAGAGCCAUGGAGGGCCCCAGUGGCGCGAAUGAUAUAGAACAGUUUUGAAAGUAUAUGGGG